AUGGCCCGUCACAGCAUGGGGGCCUUGACCAUCUGGGGACAAGCCCAACACGGCCCUGACAGGUAUGUCAACUGCGCCCGAGAUGAUGAGGAGCAGAACCUGGUGGCCAUUCAAUACCGCGGGCAGAUCUUCUAUCGAACCUGCCAGGUCAUCAGGCCGGGCUGUGAACUGCUGGUCUGGUACGGGGAAGAAUAUGGCGAGGAGCUGGGUAUCCUGUGCGACGGUGAGUGGAAGAAAGAGCUCACGGCAGGGAGAGAACCAAAGCCAGAGACGGACCCAUGUUCUUCAAGCUCUCUGGCCUGCUCCAGUCGGAAAGUCAUCGGGCAACCUGUGGAAUGCAAUUACUCCUCUCAGACCUUCCCAGGGACAUCUGCAAGAGAACAUCUCCAGCCAGAGAAUGUACAUCCAGUUGGUCAGAAACAGGAGCAGCAACGUUCUGAUCCACACAGCGGGAAAGACGAGGGCGAAGGUCAAGAGGUCAAAGAAGGGUCCAAGCCCUUAUAUAAAAGGGCAAAGGAGCAGAGGGUUUCAAGCACAAUUUCCAGCCCACCCAAAGGCCAAGUGGGGAGUUCUAGCGAGAGUGAGGUGGAAGAAGAGUCCAGAAAAGGCCAGAAUGUGAAUCCAGAGGACACAGGCAAGUUAUCUGUGGGGGUAGGAAUCUUAAGAAUUGCAAAAGUCAAGUGCAGAGAGUGUGGCAGAGGCUUCAGUAACAAGUCACCACACACAUGA